AUCUUGCGGAAUAUUGUUAGUUUGAAAACCUUACUCUUUACUGAGUGCGUUUACUACUACGUAUUAUCAAAUUUACGAGGUUUUCGUAUUUUAAAGAUGUUUUCGUAUUCAUGUUAAGAUUUCUUUGUAAGGCAUAUGAUACUGAAAGGAAUUAUACUGUUAAAUUUUAAUAAUCACAUUAGUACUCGUCGUGUUAGGGAAAUUGUUGCGUAUGUACAAUUUCAAUUUGACAACAAUUAUGGAUCGAUCUUCAAAUAAACACUUUAUAACAAUUCAAAUAUGGAAAAUGGUUGAUUGUAGGUACUUAAAUAUAACACUUCUAGAACUCUUAAAUCUCUACAAAAAAAUAAAACCAAAAAUUCAAAAGCCAACCACGCUGUACCACGCUUGUUAACGGUACCCCAAUAUUUGUAAGUCGUGAUCAACGGUAUCUUAUCCAUAGCUAAUCUUGACAUUGUCAACUGAGAACUGAAUGUGGAUGCCACAAUAGAUAAUACAAAAAAAAGAAAUAAAACUAAUCUCGAUCAAAAACAAAAGACGAAACGAAAUUGAUUCUAAAGUUGAUGCCAUGAGGAGAUAAAAAAGAAAAGUGAGAUUCAAAAUAAGAAUAGAACAGAUUCGUUUUUAAAAUGAAUCUCUUUAGUGCAUCAACGUUAUUGAUUCUUGUUGUUGGGAUACAAGCUCAAGAAACAAACGAUACGGACGAAGUAAAAAGAGAUGAAAGAAGUGAGAUUUUGUCAAGAAGUAAAAGGUUCAUCGUGUUCCCCGAAGGCAGUUCUAUACAAUUGGUAUUCUGUACGACAUACGCCAUGAUCUUUCGUAUUGGAGACAUUUUCCUCUACGGCUCGACGGCGGCGUUGGCGUGGGAGCUGCCCCAGGACCCGUACUCUCCCUUCAGGCAUCACGCCGACCCUCUUCAUAGAAGAGUCGACACCAAAACCAUUUACUAUACCGAUGAGGACGGCAGGAUUAUUGAUACGAAACCUUAUCAUAGAAAACCCAUAGUGAAUCCCGCUUUCGCGAAACGCAGCGUGGACUGGCCGGAUAAAAAAGGAACUUCAGAGAAAUUUAAAAUAGACAGGAAACAGAUGCAUGCCUCGGAAAACAAACGGGAAUAUUUGAAAAGCGGACGCAUGGCGCAACGGAGCGUCGAAUUUCACAGGAGCAGUCGCGCCUCGCUCUACCAGAAAAUAGAAACGAUGCUACACAGUCUUGGCGUGAACGGUAAACACUGUGUGCUGAAAACAUUAUGCCUGGUCGGUAAAUCCCAGCAGCAACCGCAAGCACCGUUCUUCCAGGAAAUAAUGAGAGCUAUGUUCACUUUACCAAAAACUCCGGGGGUUGGAGAUAAGCACGGCGAAUAUGAUGCGGCCUUCGCAGCGACAGAACCGUGUGACGACCUGUACCCGGAGUGUGAUGAGCCGGUCUUGGAACCUGACUCACCUAGGUUUAAUUAUUAGGAUAGAGUUAAGAGAACUGCUAAAGCUAUUAGAUAGCUAGUAUAUCAUCCUCGGCCUAGCCUUUUAUACCGAAAAAGUAUGUUUUUAGCCGACCGCAACAUAGUUGGGUAUGUUGGGGUCGGCUUCCAGUCUAACCGGAUUCAGCUAAGUAGUAACCGGAUUUAGCCAGUGCAUCAUAGUUGUAUUCUGCGUUUCUGAAGGGAAUUGGGAAUUGGGAAGUACUGAUAGCCUCCCAAAUCCGAUGCAUAAUGGCAAGACUUCUAGCUUACGUGCUGAAAAGGGAGCCCACCACCAGAAUUUGCAGAAUCCUAAAAGCGUACAACAUGGUCUAUGGUACAAUUCCAAUAAUCAUUCUUUAAAAGUUUAUGGUAGUCACUCAGGUUUCUGAAUGAGUUUGUAAUUGUUUUUUUAUUUAUUUCGGAAUUAUUUAUUUAUGGGUACAUUUUGAAGCGUAUUUAUUCGUUGCUUUAAUUGUAUCAAAAUAAUAAUAGACUUUUCAAUAAGUUUUGAAUUGCACU